AAAAUGAUUGAUUGCAAUGCGAUAUCCGGGCAUCAGGAGGGGGCGUCUAAGAGGCUAAGCUCUUAAAUCCCGGACGAAAUACUAAAAGGAAAUUCGCUAUCUCAGGUCAAGGUUGAACAUGCCAUUUCCGGAUUGGAACGAACCCUCCUACUGGGCGACAUCCGCCGGUGUGUCCGAGGAUAGAUCUGCCGAGUUGCCAUGCAUCCCGCUCACUCUGGCCGCCCCUUGAGGAGAUGUAACCGCACGAAAGGCUUGGUCCUGAUGUAUUGAUACUGUCUAUUCACUUAUAGACGGGUCAGCCUCCCUGGACUGUUCAUUGUCCACCGUUUUCAAGCCGACGUCAGCGACAACUUCGUGCUUCCCCUUUUAUCGGCGUCGCCUUUGAAAUACAUUCACUUCGUCCUUCUUUUCUCUCUUUUUAUUAGUUGGUUCGAGUUUUAAAUCCUGGAAAGAUGGAUGCUACAUCCGCGCAUCACCGUAGAAGCGUCAAUGAAGAGCCGGUCACGUCAGUACUGGCGGGAGAUGUUCCUAUCGAUCCAGGAGCGUCUGCUGAUGAAGAGGUGCUGGAGGCAUUGGGUUACAAAGCCGAGUUCAAGAGAGAAUUCAGCCUUUGGACAUCAUUUUGUGUUAGUUUCGCUGUCUUGGGUCUCCUGCCGAGUUUUGCUACGACGUUAUACUACGGCAUGGGCUAUGCAGGAACCGGUGGUAUGGUUUGGGGUUGGAUUGUUGCCAUGGUUUUCAUUCAAUGUGUCGCCAUGAGCAUGGCAGAACUCUGUUCAUCAAUGCCUACCAGUGGUGGACUUUACUACGCCGCGGCCGUCUUGGCUCCUCCUGGAUGGGGUCCUCUUGCUGCAUGGCUUACUGGCUGGUCCAACUGGUGCACACAGAUUACCGCUGCUCCUUCGGUCAAUUACGGAACGGCUUCCAUGAUUCUCGCUGCUGUAUCAAUCAACAAGCCGGACUAUUCGCCGCAGAAUUAUCAAGUUUUCCUCUUGACCGUUCUAAUUAUGAUCUUUCACGCCUUCAUAAGCAGCAUGCCCACACGUUGGAUUGCCCGUUUCAACUCUGUUGGCACUACUCUGAACAUCAUAUGCUUGGUUGUUGUGCUCAUCACAAUCCCCGCGGCUUGCAAUCGCCAGCAUCCCAAAUUCACUCCUGCUUCCAAGGUCUGGGGCACCAUCGAGAACGAAACUUCUUAUCCUGAUGGCAUUGCUGUUCUCAUGAGUUUCAUCAGUGUCAUCUGGACCAUGUCCGGGUACGAUGCACCAUUUCACCUGAGCGAGGAGUGCUCCAAUGCCAACGUUGCUUCUCCGCGUGCAAUCGUCAUGACUUCUGGUAUCGGCGGCCUCAUGGGGUGGUUUCUUCAGAUUGUCGUUGCCUACACGGUCGUUGACAUUGAUGCCGCCAUCAGCUCAGACCUCGGUCAACCUUUUGCCGCAUACUUGCAGCAAGUUCUCCCUCAGAAGACCGCAACAGCCCUCCUUGCUCUGACCAUUAUCUGCGGGUUCUCGAUGGGACAAGGAUGCAUGGUUGCCGCUUCGCGAGUGACUUUUGCCUAUGCGCGUGAUGGUUGCUUUCCAUUCUCGAGAUUUUGGAGCAAGGUGAACAAGCUCACCCAGACGCCGGUUAAUGCCGUCUGGUUCAAUACUUCCAUAGGCAUCUGUAUGCUGUUCUUGAUCUUUGGCGGUAGCGUUGCCAUUGGCGCGCUUUUCUCCGUUGGUGCUAUUGCUGCCUUUGUCGCCUUUACCAUUCCCAUCUUCAUCAAGGUGUUCUUUGUCGGUACUCGAUUCCGCAAGGGGCCUUGGAAUUUGGGUCGUUUCAGUCAGCCCAUCGGUGCCUGCGCUUGCGCUUUUGUCUCUCUCAUGGUUCCCAUCCUCUGCCUUCCCGAAUACACUGGCAGUGCUAACAGCCCCAGCCUGAUGAACUGGACCUGUCUUGUCUACGGUGCCCCCAUGCUCAUCAUCUCGAUUUGGUGGGUCGUCGACGCCCACAAGUGGUUCCACGGACCGAAAGUCAACAUCCAUCACCAGAUGCAUGGCGGAGAUGUUCUUCAAGGAAUCGAAAAAUAUCCCGCGCCGGAAGCUUCAAGCGAUGGAUCUGCCCCUUCAAAACCUGAGCGCUUUGGCGAGGCCAAGGACCCGCAGCUGGAGUAAUUCUUGUCUUCUUCAUCAUUUUUUUGAAUCACCGGCGGUUUUCCUGACAAUCAAUGAUAUCCCUUUCUGUUUUCUACGAUUUUGUGGGGCGUGAAGUUUAGACCUAGAAUCCCAGGCUCUGGCUUUCCUUUCCACUCUCUGAACAGCUGUGCUAUUCUUCUAUUCUUUGUUUUACAUAUAUUCCACGUCAUAGCACGCACAGAAAGCGUUGAACGCCUUCACCUGCUUUUUCUUAAAAAAGUAUCUUUUUUCUCCAAAUGCAAGCGUAUCAGAGCAUAGC